UCCCAGCAGGUCUUCACUCUCCGCUCAGAGCCGACGACCAGCCGACCCUCAGCCAUGACCUCCUUCUCCAGCCACAGCGGCCUCAUGUCCUCCUCCUCCUCCCGCCGUGUCGGCAGCAUGGGGGCCGGCAGCGUGUACGGGGGAGCCGGAGGGACCGGGAUCCGGGUCUCCAGGGCCUCCUCCUCCUUCUCCUCCUCCUCCUCCUCUGCGGCCGGUGCUGGCGGAGCCUUCAACCUGUCCGACGCCGUCGACAUCUCCGACAACAAGAAGGUGGCCAUGCGGAACCUCAACGACCGCCUGGCGUCCUACCUGGACAAGGUGCGCAGCCUGGAGAAGGCCAACGCCGACCUGGAGCUCAAGAUCAGGCAGUUCAUGGAGAGCAGGCUCAAACCUGCGUCCCACGACUGGACCGCGUACCACGUCCGCAUCAAAGACCUGCAGGACCAGAUCAACGCCGCAACUCGUGGGAACGCCAGCCUCUUCCUCUCCAUCGACAACGCCCGGCUGGCCAGCGACGACUUCAGGCUCAAGUUUGAGAACGAGCUGGCCAUGCGCCAGUCGGUGGAGGCCGACAUCGCCGGGCUGAGGAGAGUCCUGGACGAGCUGACUCUGAACCGGACCGACCUGGAGAUGCAGAUCGAGGGGCUGAAGGAGGAACUCAUCUUCCUCAAGAAGAACCACGAGGAGGAUCUGCUGGGCAUGCGGGCCCAGGUGGGGGGCCAGGUGAACGUGGAGGUGGACGCCGCUCCCCAGCAGGACCUGUCCGCCGUCAUGGCCGGGAUCAGAGAGCACUACGAGACCAUGGCCAACAAGAGCCGCCAAGAGCUGGAGUCCUGGUUCCAGACCAAGUCGGCCGAGCUGAACAAAGAGGUGGCUGUGAGCACCGAGACCCUGCAGACGUCCAAGACCGAGAUCUCCGAGGUCAAACGGACUCUCCAGUCUUUGCAGAUCCAACUACAGUCUGAGAACAGCAUGAAAGGAGCUGUAGAGGCGACUCUGGCUGAGACCAAGAGCCGCUACGCCAACAUGCUGGCAGGUUACCAGAGGCAGGUGGGGGGGCUGGAGGAGCAGCUGUCCCACCUCAGGGCAGACCUGGAGAGCAGUAGGGCCAUGUACGCCGAGCUGCUGGACAUCAAGACCAGACUGGAGAUGGAGAUCACCGAGUACAGGAGGCUGCUGGACGGGGAGAGCGCCACCAAGACCUCCUCCAGCACCAAGACCUCCUCCAGCACCACGACAACAAAGGUGAUAGUCAUCACAGAGGAAGUGGACGAACAUGGAAACGUGACCAAAAGCAGUUAGAUGCCAAUGAAACCAGAAUCAGAUGCUGGACCAUGUUAACAGGGUCUGUCUCCGGUCCUUUAAUAAAGACCAACCUGACGUGG